AUGGCCCAAGUCAGAUCAUGUAUCGCAGUUUACCACAACCUGGUGAAAUUCACCAAGUUAUUUUUACAGAUCCUCUUACGACCACAAUCUAUUUGGGAGCGGAUGACUAGGGCUGUAAAUACGGUGGAUUUAUUUUCCAGUAGCCGUUGGGGUCGUCUGGACGAGCCUGGCCGUUACAUUGGAAUAUGGGAUGAUGUCGGCUCAUUAUCCAGCCAGACUGAUAUCCUGAAGCCCUUCGCCCUUCAGAAAAUAGUUGAGGACGAUGACGUCGAUAACGCCCAGUUGAAAUCACUGCUGCGCGACAUCCCAAAUCAGGUGGAUGGAGUGGCUCGAGUAUUUCUCCAGGAGGUUUUUGACGAUGAUAUUGGCGAGAACAAGCCAGCAUCCGGGGAAGGCUUCCCAUACGAGUUCCCCUCCCUUCGGAGUGCUACGAGGAGCUUCUUGCCACUGAUUACCAACCAACCGUAUGGUCGCCAACCUCGAUGGUAUCUUCUGGAGUCUUUCACUAUAGAUGAAAGCCGGCUGGGUGAUCCGGGAGACACUUGGGUCAAUAGCAAGCGGUUUCUGCGCUUCCAGGUCAUUGACAAUCGGCUACAAGCGUUCAUCAUGUGUAGAACGUUUGUGGAUCUAGUCCAUAGAGAAGUUGAAACAAAAUCUGAUUUCUACCAAGCAACAACUUCCUUCGUCACACAGCUAUGCGAGCUGAACGCCAUGUAUCGCCCUUUCAAAGACACGUCAACCUGGGAAAAGGCUUUCAGUUUACAGUUCUGCCAUGCAAAUCUGCUGUUAUUCGCUCGAUGUCUUUUGAAUUUUGAAGACGUAUUCAAUAUUGAGCGGGGGUUGACGGACCCUGCUCGCGGCGCAAAGCUCCUUCGAGGCACCCUCGAGCGAACCACUCGCGACGAUCAAGUAAUCCAAAAGUUUUCGGAAGUUGCAGAUAUAAUGCUAAGGGUUAUCGAGUCAUUGAUUGAAAUCCUUCGGGACGCCAUAAGAAGCACUUCUGCAUCAUCCGCGCCGACAUCGAGAACGUCGAAUAUUCCAACAAUAACACCAGAGAACCCGCAAUUGGCAGCUAUAGAACUCGAAAUCCGUUUGCAUUGCGAACAAAUAAGAGGCUGCUUAUCAAGGCGCUCCACCGCAAUGGAGCAUGACCUUAGGCUAUUAGAACUAAGCAGAGAGGUAGAACAAACAGAUAGUGUUCAGCAGUUAAGUAUACUUGCAGCAAUCUUCUUACCUCUUUCCGUAUCUUCAGGUGUUCUUAGUAUGCAGACGCGAUUCAAGGACCUAGGUGUGCUUCUUUACGACUUUUUCGGCGUAAUGACUCUCCUUGGGGCGCUCGCACUUUUGUUUAUCUUGCUCUCAAACGUUUACAAGUUUGUAACCGGGACUUUUAUGGGUUGGAUCGAGAUAAAGUUGAAUCAGAAUGUUCUCUAUAGCGGGCGCGCACCCAGGGAGAAGCGGAAGCUCUUGGCAUACAAGCGAUUUCGAAUGGUUGGAUUUGUUUCUUGGUGGCUGGGGCUUAGCCUGUUUUGCAUUCUUCUUGUCGUUUCAUUUCUCAUUGGCAUGUUUAGAGACGUUGAUCUCGGUGCGAGAGUGCUUGGAUAUGGAAUAGCUCUCAUAUCAUUCCCUGCUAACUGCCUCGAGCAAAAAGACGUCGACAAGGUAGGGAAGGAGAUGAAGAAAGUGCCACCCCAGUCAACCCGCCUGAACCUACAACCAAGGCGGCGGAGCUAG